AUGCAGCAGACGCUGCUCCCGGCGCCCGAGGAGCGCGAUGCCCCGCUUGGAACAAGUAACACGCUCCCGUCGCGCCUGUUGCGGCUGACGGCCGCUGCGGUGGCGCCGGGUCUCCGCGACCAUGUUGCGGAGUUGCUGUUUGAGCUGAGUGGUAGUAGCCCCGAGAGGUAUGUGCAGAAUGUGGGGUACGGGUAUGCAUCGGGGCUGCUUGUGUCGCGGGGGCUGGACGGCGGCGGGUUGGGGGCUGGAUCUGUGGGGUCGGGGUCUGUGGGGGUGGGGGAAGGGGAGGGGAAGGGGAAGGGGAAGGAGAGGGAGAGGGAGGUGAAUCCGGUGACGGGGCAGUGGGUGGAGAUGGAGGCGGCGAGGGGGGACCCGUUUGAGGGGAUGACGAUGGAGGAGAAGGAGCGCGAGGCGGAGAAGAUGUUUGUGCUGUUUGAGAGGCUGAAGAAGACGGGGGUGGUGGAUGUGAAGAAUCCGGUGCAGCAGGCGGUGGAGGAGGGGCGGUUUGAGGAGUUGGAGGAUUAG